AACCCUAGAAUAUAGAAGAAUAAAGCAUUAAUUUAAUGGGUUGGGCGGGACGGGAGUAACCUGUGAAAACCCCUAAACCCAGUCCUCCACAGCAGCCGCCAAACAACACCCAACUUGUAAUUCUGCCCCGAAUCUCUGUCGCCCAACUGCAGUUCAGGAAGCUUGUGACAGUAUCUGAAAGCCAAGAUGCAGGCUUGCAGUGGAGCUGCAGUUAUGGGUUCUGUUCAACAGCCCACAUGGCUUAGAGGAGCAGCUUUUCCAAAUAGAUUUCCACAUCAAGUGAACCUUAAUUUUGCAAAGACUGCUAGAUCUUAUUCUAACAUCCAAGGAAGCUUGGUUGCUGGGAGGCCAUCCUCUCCGGCUUCAGUGCAUGUGCCUGAAUUUGGAGAUAUUGGAAGCAGUUUUGUAGAUAAUGGCUUAAGUGAGGCUGACCCUGAGGUGCGUGCUAUUAUUGACAAGGAGAAAGAGCGGCAGUUCAAAAGCCUUGAGCUCAUUGCCUCAGAGAAUUUCACUUCACGGGCAGUAAUGGAGGCAGUUGGCUCAUGUCUCACAAACAAGUAUUCGGAAGGAUUACCUGGGAAAAGGUACUAUGGUGGAAAUGAGCACAUUGAUGAGCUUGAAACACUAUGCCAAAAAAGGGCCCUGGAUGCAUUUCACCUAGAUGGAAACAAGUGGGGCGUCAAUGUUCAACCAUUAUCUGGUUCUCCAGCUAAUUUUGAGGUUUAUACAGCAGUUCUCAAUCCUCAUGAUCGUAUCAUGGGUUUGGACUUGCCACACGGGGGACAUUUGUCUCAUGGGUUCAUGACUCCUAAAAGACGGGUAUCAGGAACAUCUAUUUAUUUUGAGUCCAUGCCUUACCGACUUGAUGAAUCCACAGGUCUGGUUGAUUAUGACAUGCUUGAGAAAACAGCAACCCUAUUUCGACCUAAACUCAUUAUUGUUGGGGCCAGUGCUUAUCCUCGAGAUUUUGACUACCCUCGCAUGAGGAAGAUUGCGGAUGCUGCUGGUGCUUUUCUUAUGAUGGAUAUGGCUCACAUAAGUGGGCUUGUUGCUGCUUCUGUGGUUGCCAAUCCCUUUGACUACUGUGAUAUUGUGACAACAACAACCCACAAGUCUCUAAGGGGUCCAAGAGGUGGAAUGAUAUUCUUCAAGAAGGAUCCAGUUCUUGGAGUUGAUUUAGAAACUGCCAUCAAUAACGCUGUUUUCCCGGGCUUACAGGGUGGUCCUCAUAACCACACUAUUGGGGGCCUUGCAGUUUGCUUGAAGCAUGCUCAGUCUGCAGAAUUUAAGGCUUACCAGAAUCAGGUGGUCUCUAAUUGCAGGGCUCUUGCAAGCCGAUUGGUUGAACUUGAAUACACACUGGUUUCUGGUGGAAGCGAUAACCACCUGGUUCUUGUCGAUCUGCGUCCCUUUGGCAUUGAUGGUGCUCGGGUGGAGAAAAUUCUUGACAUGGCUUCUAUUACUCUUAACAAGAAUUCAGUACCCGGUGAUAAAAGUGCUCUAAUGCCUGGUGGUAUUCGCAUCGGAACACCUGCUAUGACGACACGAGGAUUCACUGAGAAAGACUUCAUAGCAACUGCAGACUACAUUCACGAGGGUGUGCGGAUAGCGAUUGAUGCUAAAAGCAAAGCCCCGGGCUCAAAGCUCCAAGAGUUUUUAAAGCAUGUUGCAACCCCUGAAUUCCCUCUAAUUGAUCGAGUUUCAGAUUUGCGGACGAAAGUCGAAGCUCUUACCACCCAAUUCCCGAUGCCUGGAGUAUGAUUUGGUAUAUUUAUACGCAGGUUAAUCUUCUCAUCUGGAGGAUGGAAUUGCAGGAUUAGUUGCUUGUUUUGUAUGCAUAACUAUUUAAAGAUAGUAGGUGGAUGUUGACUUUCAUAUGGCAUGGCAGAGUGAAAGACUGCUUGUAUGCACUGUUUGGCGUGCACAAAAUCUUCUAUUUUGUAUGAAGAUGAGGCAAAGGUCCAUUGUUGGACCAAUAACAUUCACAUAGUUAUGGUAAGCAGAUUACUUUCUCCUCGA